AUGUCUUGGUCACAGAAAUCUCUCACCCUUCCCAGCCGAUCGCGCGGCUCUUAUCUCAUAACCGACCACAUCCUGAAAGAAGUGCCCGAGAUUAAGAACUACAAGACCGGCCUACUCAACCUCUUCGUUCAACACACUUCCUGUGCGCUAUCUCUGAAUGAGAACUACGAUUCGGAUGUGCGCGCGGAUAUGAGCACGGCGUUGGAUCGCAUUGUGCCAGAAGACAAGAAGGGACAGGGACUGUACCUACAUGAUGCAGAGGGUAGUGACGAUAUGCCUGCGCAUGUGAAGUCUGCAUUGAUUGGUGCGAGCGUUACAAUUCCUAUCACAAAUGGAAGAUUGAAUACCGGCACAUGGCAAGGCAUCUGGUACCUCGAGUUCAGGGACUCGAAGCACACACGGAAGGUUGUUGCGACGAUUCAGGGUGAAAAGAUGUGA